AUGGCUUAUGCAAACCUCGAAGAUGUUUGCGAGAACUGUACAGCCAUCGACUUUCGGUCCCGCGCUUGCACUGAUCUACUGUCGAGUUCUCCCAAAGCCAAUACGAGUCUUGCUUUCAUUUUGGCAGAUGCUGGAUAUGAUGUAUGGAUGGGAAAUUCACGUGGGAAUAUAUAUUCAACAAAACAUACCACAUUAUCACCUGAUUCAGAUGCUUUCUGGGAUUUUAGCUACGAUGAAUUUGCAAAAUAUGAUAUUCCUGCGACUCUCGAUUAUGUUUUGAAAACAACACAGUCGUCAAGUUUAUCGUACAUUGGCCAUUCUCAAGGGACAACGAUUGCCUUCGCUGAAUUUUCACGAAAUCAAACAUGGCAUUCUAAAAUAAAUGUUUUCAUUGCCCUUGCACCUGUGGCUUAUGUUGGUAAUAUGAUAUCACCUUUAAGAUACAUUUCUGAUUUUGCACCAGAAAUAGAGACACGAAUGCCAGUUUAUGCAGCUCACAUUCCUCAAGGAACAUCAGUUAAAGAUAUUGUUCAUUGGUCACAGUUAAUUCAUUCGAAGAAAUUUGAAAUGUAUGACUAUGGACGUUCUGGAAAUCAAAAACAUUACGGCCAGGCGACCCCUCCGGCAUACAAUGCAUCUAAAGUUAAAAUUCCAACUGCCAUAUUUUACGGCGGGAAAGAUUGGAUAGCUGAUGCCAAGGAUGUUCGAAUACUUAUCUCACAACUUCGACAUCUUAUUUCCACUUCGUUUAUUAAAGAUUGGGAUCACUUAGACUUCAUUGCUGGACGUGAUGCCCCACAACUUGUCUACAAUAAUGUCCUCAAGAUUUUAAAACAGUACUCUGAAACACAAAAUCGUACACGUAGAAAUUUGUAUUUCUAA